AUGAUCAGCAACGACAAAGACGAUGCCUUGAUUCUGGAAAACGGCUGGUCAUUGUCGGAACGAGCUCACGAAACUGGUCCCUUGCAUGAUGAAGCGACACCAACCAGUGAUGUUGGCUCGAUGGCAAUGGACGAAGUUCGAGAGUCAGUGGCCCAAGACAUGCUGGGAAGCGGAACAAGUUUUUCGUCGCCGCUCGAGUGGAAGGCGGGAGAUGCCGUAAAGGUCCCACUGGUGUAUUGUGAUUUCACGGCCUCUCAUCGACCUCUCAAGAGCAUUGAAAAGUAUGUUGAAAACACCUGCAUGCCGUUCUAUGGAAACACACAUACCAAUACUUCCAUAACAGGAAGUCAAUCGACAGCUUUUUGUAGCGAGGCGCGACAGAUAAUUGCCGAGGCAUGCGGAGCUAAAAUCACCGGGAAGGCAAGUCAAGAUGUGGUUCUGUUUGCUGGAAAUGGUACCACUUCUGCCAUCCAACUUUUGACAGACUGCCUUGGCUUGAAACUGUAUAAAGCCACUGACGAAAAACCGUUGAUAAUUUUGGGUCCUUUUGAACAUCAUUCCAACAUGUUGCCUUGGAGGGAACUUGGAUUUGAUAUAGAGACAGUGAAUCUACACGACGGGAAUGUUGACCUGCAGCAUCUGGAGCAGAUUUUGAUUCAAGAGGCCUAUCGAUCUGUCAAGAUUGGAAGUUUCUCUGCCGUCAGCAACUUGACAGGAACCAUUGCCGACGACUUGGCUAUUACAGCUCUACUGCACAAACACGGUGCUCUCUCAGUUUGGGAUUACGCAACUGGAGCAUCCUACAUCAAUAUGAACAUGAAUCCGACGCAUCCAGAUUACCCAGAUCCUUCACUGCUUGCCAAGGAUGCCAUUGUUUUCAGUGGUCACAAGAUUCUGGGAGGCGUUGGAACACCAGUAAGUUUGCUUUUUGUACCAAUGUUGAGAACGCAAGGAUUGCAUCCCAGGCGGUGUCGAGACCGAAAGGUCUCGUUGGCAUCGUUGCACAAAUUUCCUUUGCAAAAGAAAGCAGUCAUCCUUUUCGAGACCAUAGCUUCAAUUUUCAACUCUUGUUGGAAGAUUCUCAAAGUGAUUGUCUUUAAGGGGGCGACGACAAUUCUAAUUAUCUUUUGUUUCUUUUGUUGCAAGGGUGUUCUGGUGGUAAAGAAGAGGCUCGUUUCGCAACUCAACCCGCCUGCCAUGUCUGGGGGAGGAACCGUUUUCUACGUCACCAAGCAUAGUCACAGAUUUUUGUCGAAUCGAGUGGAGCGGUACGAAGGAGGUACACCCAAUGUUGUCGGAAUUUGGAGACUCGGCUUGGCAUGGCAAUUCAAACAAAGGCUGAAGAAGAUGUUCCCUGCAGGACAGACUCUAGAGGAAUACGAGAUCAAGCGGGCCAAUACAAUUCAAGACAGGCUGAAGGAAAUCCCCAAUCUAAUGCUUUUGGACGGACAUUUUGACAGUCGAAAGGUUCCAGUUUUCUCUUUUCUUAUCAAAUGUGGCAACCGAUUCUUGCACUACAACUAUGUUUGUGCACUUCUGAACGAUCUUUUCGGAAUACAAUCUCGCGGUGGUUGCCAAUGUGCUGGGCCAUACGCGCAAAUGCUACUGGGGAUGCUGGAGCACAACCAAGCUGUACAGCACUGGCUGGUACACGCAAAGGACGAAUCGCUGAGACCUGGGGUCACAAGGUUCUCGUUGCCAUCGCUUGGAACUAGCCCAGAACAACAGGAAUAUGUCCUCAAUGCCAUUGCCUGGGUUGCAAAACACGGUUGGAAGUUCAUGCAUGUGUACUGUUGUAAUCAACGCACUGGGGAGUGGCGACACAAAUCUCGUCCGGGAGCGCCACUUGGGAAGAAGGAGAGAAGGUGGUUAUCGCAUUAUGAUCCCUUUAGAAGCAAACAAGCAGACAAUGGUGACGGGGCAGCUCCAAAUUAUGAGAAGGCUCUCGAAAAUGCCAAUAUCUUGCUUCAGAUGGUUUUGAAGGACCACUCGAGUCUGUCUCAAACUUUGAAAAUGACUGAAGAAAUUGAAGAGAAGUCUUUGCGGUGGUAUGUGUACCCAAAGGAAGUCGCCGCUUUUGUGCAGGAAGGGGCGGAGGAUGUGCCUGGGACCUUUGAUAGAAACCUCCUUGUCGGAGCAAUGCGUCCAAUUUCUUGGUUCGGUUCGGAAACCCCUGAAAAUAUGUCGCAGCAACAAAAGCAAGCGGAGUCUGCCAGACGUUGUAGAUUCAAAGACGGGGAGCACAUCGGGGAUGCGCCUUUGCAUGAGAUUAUUGAAGGAUACGAAGAUGGGGAGUUGUCCGAGUUAUGUCAAAUAUACAAUCCGAAUGCUGAUGCGUGGGAGCUUCUCCAACACUUCAUGAAGUCACAAUCACAGCUAGCUCCAUCAUUGAGCAGCUGGACUGGCGACAAGGCUCCGACUUCAGACCACAAAGAAGACGGCUCAAAUGACUCCUUGGAUACAAACGAGAAGGCGGCCGACGAUUCCACUGCUGAUUGCACAAGUGGAACAGGUUCAUCGACAGCCGAUACGAUGCAUGCUGACGAAUUUACCACGGCGAAAGAUGCUUCUCAGACGAUGGAGAGUACGCCCUCGAUCUUUGCAGAACUGGAGGAUCUUCCUGUGGUCGAAAAACGUGAAAAGAAAAAGCCAUCACGAGACUCAGCAACUUGGGGUCAGGGUGUUAAGAUGUCUCUGCAACCUCAAAUUAGCUUAGAAGAAAGAACUUCCGAUGCUACAAGGCGGAAGGGAUCAAAACACGUGAAACCACCGGCAAAGUUGAUGCGAUUAGUGACGCAAGGAUUGAUUCAAUGGGACAUGCUCCAAGAAGGUGACAGGCUGCUAUUGGGCCUUUCUGGUGGAAAAGAUUCUUUGAGUCUGCUGCACAUUCUCCUGGAGUUUAAGAAGAAGCUCCCGAUCAAUUUCGACAUUGAAGUCUGUACAAUUGACCCCAUGACACCAUCUUUUGAUCCAUCGCCGCUUAUUUCUUAUGUCGAAUCACUCGGGUUGAAAUACCAUUACAUCAGGGACGAAAUUGUAGAGCGCGCGAUGAAGUCUGGGAAGGAUGGAGAAGUGGUGAAGAGCCUUUGCGCUUACUGUGCUAGAAUGAAGCGAGGUAAUCUUUACAGUUGCGCAAGAAGGAACAAUUGCAAUAAGCUGGUGCUAGCACAACAUCUUGACGACUUGGCUGAGUCAUUCAUGAUGAGUGUAAUGCACAAUGGCUUCUUGAGAACUAUGAAAGCAAACUACAAAAUCAAUGCGGGUGAUUUGUCUGUCAUCCGACCACUUGUCUACGUCCGAGAGUCUCUCAUGACGGAAUUUGCCAAGUCGGCAAAUCUGCCUAUCAUAAACGAGAAUUGUCCAGCAUGCUUUGAGGAACCAAAGGAAAGAGCUCGAAUCAAGAAGAUGCUGUCACGAGAAGAAGCAUUGUACCCACGAUUCUUUGAUAACAUUAAGCGGUCGAUGAUGCCAUUGAUGCAUGAUGAUGCUACAGCAAUUUUGCGAUCAUAUACGGAGGAGGCGCUAGCCAAGAGUCGCAAAGUAGACAAAAAGAAGGGAGGAAAGAACCAACCCAGCAAGGAGACCACUGCUUCUACUAAGGAGAGCACAGCUGACCCAAAAAAGGCAAUGCGCCUACAAGAUUGUAGUGACCAAGAAUUAAUUCGUGAGCUAGCAAGGCGACGAGCAGAACAGUUCAGACUCGCUGGAGCUUCUCCAGGGAAUAAACGCGAAGGAUUACCAGUAGACCCAACAGGACAAGUUUGCACUCUCAACGGAGGUGACGGGAGCAUCCCAUGUAGAGAACUGAUGGAAUAG